UCCACUUCAGCCCGCACUCCCACCAGUCUUCCACUUCGCCUCUCACAUCGCGCCAAGCUGUCCGCUCAGCCAACCAACCAUCAGGCUGCCACCACCUCCGCCGCCAGCGACUCCGGCUACAGCGCAGAAACCGCCCCUAAAGACUGAAGACUGCCAACUGCAACGAACGCCGCUCCUUCACCUCUGAAAAACCCUUCAGGAGAGAUUGGAGGAUCUCAGCAUUCGUCGCGGAAAGGGAACAUUGUUUUGGUGCCAACCAGUCGUGAGUAUCUUUCGAAGUAUAAAGAGAAGGGAGAGAUCUGCGUCCUUUUGGUAGCACUUAGCAGGGCUCAGCAUGGACAGGACUUUGAUGUUCCUGGUGCGAAGGGCUUUGACAGUUCAAAACCCAAACCAGACCUUUAGCUUACGCCGCUUUUGUUCUCCACCCAUGUCGUGUUCGUCUCCCUCCAAUAGUAAACUCUUUGUUGGUGGACUGUCGUGGUCAGUUGAUGAGAAGUCCUUGAAAGAUGCUUUCUCUUCAUUUGGGGAGGUCACUGAAGUUAAGAUUUUGUAUGACAAAGACAGUGGUAGAUCAAGAGGCUUUGGUUUUGUUUGUUUUACAAACCAAGCUGAGGCUACAUGUGCAAAAGAUGCCAUGGAUGGGAAGGCAUUGCUAGGCCGACCCUUAAGGAUAAGCUACGCUCUUGAAAAGGUCCGUGGUGCUCCAGUUGUUGUCCCUCGCCUCUCGAGUAUUGGUGAUGACACCAGUCUGAAGCGGUGAUCUUCCCUGCUUGAGACUGAGACUGGUCUUGGCAAAGGAAGUGAAUCAACUCGCCCAGUGAAAAGGGAAACGGACAUACUCCCUAUUUAUGAAGCAAUGUCUCGUUUGCCUGGAGGAUCAAACACUGAUGAAGCUUGGUUUCAAUUACCUGGAGGAUCUAUUACUGAGGUGUAAUCAUCAGCUAUUUUGAUAACUGUGUCAUUUCGCCUUUUCACCUCACCGUAAUAGCAGUGACAGGCUUUCAGGGGCCACGAAUCAUGCUAGUCGCUGGAAUCCAUAAGUAUGCCUUAGUGGGUGCCCAUUGAUGACCUUUCCUAGUGGGGAUUGAUACUCUCAUUGAGAAACUUGACUAUUGUUUGAUGAACUAUUUGCCCCUCCUGCUUAUGAGGCUGAAGUGUUAAUUCUGCACUAUCCUCUCUUUCUAGUCUUCCUUCUGUUAGCCUUGACACUUUCUUUAUUCCUGCUCCGGAAUGAACUUGCUGUAGGAAUGCUUGAUCAGUGGUGUUCAAAAAUGUGUUCAUGUUACUUCUUUUGUUCUCCAA